AAAAAAGAAGAAAAACAGAAAAAAGGAACAAAAAAAAAAAAAAAAGGGAAACCUCUCCACUCUUGUUACUUUCACCUCCGUUGGGUCACGUUCUGGAUUUCCUUUUCCUACUACACACACACACCUCUUCCUCCACAUUUCUCUUGUUAACUCCUACUACUUGCUACUUACUACUACUACCUUCGCCAUCUUUGUCCUAUUACCUAUAAUCCUCUUUUUCUACCAAGAAAGUCGCAUUGAUUAUUCUACUCUGAUCGUCGCUAUACUUCUCCACGCCGUUUCUCUCCCAAUUCCUCUUCCACCAUCGAUACGAAAACAAAAAAGGCUGGCCUACUCACGGAUGAUCUGGUUCAACUGAAUUUACGCUUUGCAUAAUGACUAACACUGCUGUAUCAACAACUUCCCCCACCCCUCAAUCCACCGUGGAAACCGAGGCCAAAUCCAAGAGGAAAGCCUCCACUGCCGGUCUGCCCGCCAAUGCCCGUCCUGUAAAACGGAGGGCGUCCAAGGCGUGCUGUUGCUGCCGGGCUCGCAAAGUGCGGUGUGAUGUGGUCGAAAAUGGUUCACCCUGCACCAAUUGCCGCUUGGACCAAGUAGAGUGCAUUGUCACUGAGAGCAAGAGGAGAAAGAAAUCACGUGUUGAGGUCGAGAAUGCAAAUCCUCACCAGCUGUCUCAAUCACCUGCAGAAAUCCCCGAUGACGGGGCAAGUCUGUUCAGGCGACUUAGCGAGUGCCAUGGCCUUUCCGAUAUGGCCCCAGCUUCUCCCUCGCAGCGCUCUGUAGAUUUGGAUCAAGGGCAGCAUAUGCCACAUCUUUUAUAUCAAAGCCAAGCGAACAGGAUUGGCUCCGGGGAUCGCUUUCGAAGAAGAAUGGCCCCGAAUCCCGCUGUUCCAGCUACGCUUCCUUUGCACCAUGUGACUUCGCAGAUUCAACAGCUGCUGGAUCCUUCCUUCGCCAAUGCCAGGUCAGGCGGUGUGGUCUUGCCAGAUUACAUCCGCGGAUUGCCGCCACGUCUGCAGAAAGAGGAUAUCGACUACUUGUCUAUGAAGGGAGCCCUGACUGUCCCCGACGUGGGACUACGCAACGAAUUGCUGAAAAGUUACAUUCACUACGUCCACACUUAUAUGCCCCUCCUUGACCUGGAAGACUUCCUGCAGACGAUCGUUCAAAAUGAUGGCAUCCGCCGUAUGAGCCUAUUGUUAUUUCAAGCCGUCAUGUUUGCCGGCACAGCUUUUAUCGACUUGAAGCAUCUCCACGCUGCCGGUUACCCCACCAGAAAGGCAGCUCGGAAAGCCUUCUUUCAGCGUGCACGACUUCUCUACGAUUUCGACUACGAGGUUGACCGAAUCUCUCUUGUCCAAUCCUUACUUCUAAUGACCUACUGGUAUGAGACACCUGAUGACCAGAAGGAUAUUUGGCAUUGGAUGGGUGUGAGCUUGUCCCUCGCACAUACCAUUGGUCUGCAUCGGGACCCCGGCAACUCCCGGAUGGAUGUCCGGCGCCAACGGAUGUGGAAACGGAUCUGGUGGAGCACAUAUACGCGGGAUCGUCUGAUCGCCUUGGGAAUGAGACGUCCCAUGCGCGUGAAAGACGAUGACUGUGAUGUUCCGAUGUUGACUCUGGAUGAUUUCGAGUUCCAUCCUUUCUCGCCGGAAAUUGUGAGCAUGGUAGGCAACUCGGAGAUACUUCAGAGUGUGAGCCAUCAGAGAGAGCUUGCCCUGAUGUUCAUCGAAAAGGCCAAACUUUGUCUCUGUGUCAGCCAUGUCCUGUCAGCCCAAUAUUCGGUUCUGAGCCACAAAUUUGGUGGAACGAUGGAGACGACCAUGAUGUUGGUACCCAAGAAAUCAGCAGCGGAGACCUUCGAGGUUCGUCGUUGUGAUCAGGAGCUGGAAGACUGGCUGGCCCACCUUCCGACAGAGAUACGCUACGCCCCCGCAGCGCCCUCCAAGUUGAAUGAGGCGCAGGAAGUCCUUCACUCUCAUCGUGCACUCCUGAAGAUGGUCUACUUGACCACGUCCAGCGCUCUCCAUCGCCCUCAAGUUCUACCUGCGAUCCCAUUCCCUUCGAUGGACGCUGAACUACAAGAAAUUUCCAGGAAUAAGGUGCGGUUUGCUGCGAUCGAAAUCACAAAUAUUGCUCAGGAUCUACACAGCCUAGACCUGACCCGUUAUUUCCCUACGACCGGUGUUACGGUCCUCCUUCCCGCCGUGAUUAUUCAUCUCCUCGAUAUCAAGUCAAGUGACCACAACGUCCGGAUGACCAGCCUUCACCGGUUCUACCAGUGCAUGCGCAUAUUACAACGUCUGAGAGAAAUAUAUGCAUCAGCAGACUUCGCGACAUCGUUUUUGGAGGCUGCCAUUCGCAAGGCCGGAAUUCAGCUUACAGUAGCGCCGCAAGAUGUGCAGGCACGGACGAACAACAUUGUUGACACCUCAGCACGAGUCAACACUUUGACGCCACCCCCCGACUCUCUUGCGCAGAAGAUCCCUGACCUGACGUACCCGAAAUCUGAUGGCGCAAGACGUGCCAGUCAACUUCCCAAGGAAAGCGGUCCUGAGUUCGCAUCAACGCCUCCACCCUCCGACGGUAGCGAGAAUGGGAGCACCAGCAACAUCAACCCCAGCUAUCACCAGGAUGCCUUUACCAUCCCCAACUUCGAUUCGGAGCUGAGCAUCAGUGAACUCAUGGAUCUGGCGAAUGAUGCGGAAGUGACCCAGAACGACUUUGAUGCCUUGAUAAACUUUGACGAUGCCGGUGCGGAUUUCCUUGCUCCCGAUGAUGGCUUAAACACUGGGAAUGGUAAUGGGAAGAACUAUGGCUUCGGCUUGGGUACCAUGAACAACCUUUCCGACAUCAUGGGUUUCGAUACUGAGAAACAAGGCGUUGAUUUGACCGGCUUGGGAGACGGACAGCUUGCCGACGAUCGCGCGGCGGCAUCACGGAACGACAUGAACACUUUCGCAGCCGAUCUCGAUGCGGAACUCGGCCUGAGUCUUUAAGCGACUUGGAAACACCUUUGCGACAUCGUCCAAUAUUUGUGCCAGUGACUUGAAAUUCAUUUGCUUUCUGCAUUGCCCUUGGCGAUCAUGUUUGGCCAUUUGUUGAAAUAGGCCCCUUUUAACAACAUUUGGGUGCAUCAAAGGGAAAUGGGCGCUUGGCGUUCACGGGCUUUUAUAUACCAGGUUUGGAAACCUUUAAACCUUGGAUCGUUUGAUGCUUGUUUCUUAUGUACUUCAUAUGCCUGUUUUCCCCCUCUGCACGGGGCGAUUGUUCCCAUUAUAUAUGUACAUACAGAGUCGAAAAGUACGACAUGAGAAAAUGAAUGACCUAACGCAUACUA